UGGCCGAGCCGCAAUGACGCACGCGAAGCGGAUUGGCCCGCGGGGCGCGGCGGGUGACGGACGCGGCGCUGAUUGGCCGAGCGGGCUGUGCGGGAUGCGGAAGGAGGAGGAAGAAGAAGGGGAGGCGGCGCCGCGGAGCCAUGGCGGCGGCCGCGGGCCCGUUCAGCCUGAGGGAGGUUCUGGACGCCUUCCGGAGGUGCGUGACGGAGCAGCGGGAGGUGCUGCUGGAGCCCUACCUGAGCGGCUGGCGGGGCCUCAUCCGCUUCCUGCAGAGCCUGGGCGCCGUCUUCUCCUUCAUCUCCAAGGACGCCGUGGCCAAGGUGGCUCUGCUGGAGGGUCACCGGCAGCAGCACGGCUUCGUGUCGCUGCAGUCGCUGGUGCAGCACGAGCUGGCGGCGGGGCCGGCGGCGCUGCGGGCCCGGCCCGACUCCGGCUGCCGCACGGUGCUGCGGCUGCACCGCGCCCUGCGCUGGCUGCAGCUCUUCCUCGAGGGGCUGCGCUCCGGGGAGCCGCGCACCUCCGUGCUCUGCACCGACGCCUACAACGCCUCGCUGGCCGAGCACCACCCCUGGGUGGUUCGCAAGGCGGCCACGGUGGCGUUCUGCACGCUGCCCUCCCGGGAUGCCUUCCUGGAGAUCAUGAACGUGGGCUCGGCCGAGGAGGCUGUGGCCAUGCUGGGGGAGGCCAUCCCCUACAUCGGCGAUGUGUACGGCAUCACCCAGGAGCUCUUCGCUCAGCACAAGCUGCUCGACCUGCCCUGACGGGUGGCAAAGACACUUUUGCACAACCCUCUGGUUCUCUGUCCGUGGUUAUUUCCACUUUUUCUUUCCAGCCUGGAGAUGGAAAGUUGGCCAAGCUAAUUCCACUUUAUAAACAUGGACCGGUUCUUUUUUUUUUUACAUCUCUCAGUUCUUCUCUUACAUCUCUAAAGUUAGAAAAAAAUUCCAUGUUAGGUUGAGCUGCUAAGGGAUUUAUUUUUUUCUAUUCCUAGCCUACAGCAUCACCCAGGAGCUCUUUGCUCAGCACAAGCUGCUCGACCUCCCUGAUGGGUGACAAUGACAUUUUUGCACAAGCACAACCCUCUGGUUCUCUGUGUGUGCUUAUUUCCACUUUUUCUUUCCAGCCUGGAGCUGAUGGCCAAUUAUUCCACUUUAUAAACAUGGAAUAGGGUUUUUUUUACACUUUUUUUUUUUACAUCUCUAGUGUUAGGAUAAAAAAUCCACAUUAAAAGGUGCUGUGUAGAAUUAGAAAAAUAAUUCCACAUUAGGAUGAGCUGCUAUGGGAUUGAUUUUUUUUUUAUUCCCAGCCAAGCUGGAGAAGGUUUUUCUUCUCAAGCCCAACUCCAGCAGCUUCUGUGCAUUUCCAGCAAUAUUUGUGGCCUUGUGUGGCAGCACAAAUUGGAGCUGUGGUGUCUAAACUCAUUUACACACUUUGGUUUGUACAAAAAUCCCACCUGGAGGAUUUAAUGCUGAGCAGUGCCCUGGGGAAAUGCCCUUUCCCUGUCAGUUUGGGGGUGGAUGGAGCAGAAAAGCAUUCCUGGAGCAGGAUCCCCCCAGCAGCACCUUCCCUCUGUGCCCCUUCCCUGUUAAAUGAAUGUUUUUUGCACUUGGGAUGUGCAGAAAUUUUAAUUUCUGCUGCACAAUCCCCUCUGUCCAGCCCAGCCUGGAGCUGUUUGCUUCUGAGUUGUGUUCUCGUGUGUUUCUUUUUUAUUUUUAUCAAUGUGUUCAAUGCCUACCAAAAGGAUUUUUCUGCCUCUCUGGGGAGGGAGAUCCACACUUGUACUGUAAAUCACUGCUUUGGGAGGUUUCUGCCUGCUCCUGGAAGAGCCAGAGGGAUUUGCUGAGCUCGGGGGAGCCCUGCAGGGUUGGUCCAGGCUUGCAGGGGUGCUGCAGGCUGAUUGUCUCUCUGGAACAGUGACAAAUUCAGGAAAUCACUCUUACCUCAUGGAGACUGGACUCACUGGACAUUAAAUGAUGUGAAGAAUGUG